UGGAGCUGAUGAAAACAUGGAACACGACGACCUUUUACAUGUGAAUGCAACACAUACAGUGAACUUGUUACCUGGGAACGAAAGUUCAUCUCCUUAAAAAUGGUCUUUUUUGGGGGUUUAACAUACCUGGAAUUGUAUUAAAUAUUUUAUGUAUUUCAUCCGGAAUCCGCUCCUGGUCUUGCGGCUCCCCAAAGGGUCAGCGGUAGUUUAUCCGGGAAGAGAGGCGGUAAAACGUAAGGCUUUUUGUCACUUGAGCAGCUGUUUAUGGGUAGUAAAUUACUCCUCUGUUAUUCUCUGGUCUGUUGUACCCGUGACAAGAUUACUUUUCAACCUUACCAGGUUGGCAUUGAAGCCUAAUCAACGGCGGCUAGCGCGCCAGUUGACUUGCUUUCUCACUAGCUAUCCGGCUAGCAUUGUGACGUCAUAUAUAAAAGACAGACUAAUGCUGUAAGUUGUUGCUAAUGUUAUUCACCACCAACUCCAGGUAAAAUCAAAUGGAAGACUACGAUACGUUUGUGCGGAAUAGGUUCUCUCAGCUGAAGAAAAAAGAGGAGGAACACAAAGCUCCGGCUGCUUCUUCUGUAAUUUGCUUCUAUGGAACUCCCAUCCUGCCUCCUGUGCUCACAGGGAAACGAAGACAGGAAAUGCAACAACACAGAAAAGCAGCGCAAGAAAAUGCUGUCGGCCAAAAGUUUAAGGACAAUCAGAAAAUGGCUUAUGUGCAAACAAUUCUACACAGUGUUCAGCUAAGGAAUUCACCGACAUUGGAGGACUUGCUUGAAGAAUUGAAGGUCGAUGCCAAAUCUUUGUGCUCCCCUAACGUCAGUGAAUGCACCCUGCAAAGUGCUGAUACUGUACAGGAAAAGACUACUAGGCCGUUACUGUCUCUACCAUGUUGUGGUCUGCUGUCAUCGACCACAAAUGAUACCCUCGUCCCUUCUCGCGUGAUGCCUCAACUAAGUAACGAAGAGAGCUGCCCUGUUGAGCAAGAUGAAAAGCAACAAGCCUCUCAACCAGGUUCUUUUAAUAGUGUGAAUCACUGGUCUGCAUCCUCAGGCUAUGUGACUCAUGAGAAUAUGAAAAAUGCCACUGAUGCCUCGGAAAGUUUGGACCUACAGAGUGUUAGCUCAGUGGGAACCAAUAAUGCAAAUGACUUUUUCCUUCACAACACCUCCAACACUAUUGCCAGGAUGCCGGAUAUUAUUAGUUACCCCCCCAUAGAUGGAGAGGAAUUGGAGAGAAGUGGGCAAGAGUCACCCUUUUGUCAUGAUUUUAUCGGAAGGGUUGACAGUAGUUGUUGGAUAAUUCCAGAGGAUUCCGUCACCAGUGAUCAUUUUCCAGGAGAGAAAAGUGCAAAUGGUCCAAUGGACAGUGCUAAGAGUCCAGUUAAGUUCCCCUGUACUUCUUUACUUCACAAGGACGAAGGUCAAAAGUCUGUUCCUUGGAAAAGCUGUUGCUCUUCAGACAUUCCCAAAUCCUCUCAAUCGCCACACAUUGAUUGUUGUCCAAGUACUGAACAGCUUGAGUGUGACCCAGGAAAAAUGGAAUCAGCGGACAAGCAGAUACCCCAAGCACAAUCGCAGCCACCUCACCGUCCGAGCCUCCAGGACCUGCUGAAGAAAUCUCAGGAGUACCGCCGACAACAGAGGAUGCUCAGGAACCAAGCCAGACAUGCUAGAAUCCAAGAGCGAGCACAAGAACAGCCAAGAGUGGAAGAGCAGAGCCUCUCCGAUAAGGAGAAUGACGAGUUUCGCUGUAAAAGUACAGAGGGGAGGAAGCCUAAAGAGCGAAGAUGCUUAUUUAACAAAACAGUUCAUGCUACCUGCAAAAAGAACAGUGAAACGUUAUUUCAGGAGGCUUUGAUUGGCAAAAAGGCAAACCCCUAUUCGGAAAGAGUCCCGAGACAAAUCCCUUUCCCUCAGCAACAGCAUUUAUCCAUUGAAACAUGCCAAACUCGAGCUGUUUAUCAGACAACCAACGCUGCCAUUACUUUUGUUGAAGCACAAGCAAACCAUCACUCCAUCCCAGUGCCGAGUUUCUCUCAGAGUCCUGUUUACAGUCAAGCGUCAAGUCGAGAUGGAGCGGAGAACUUCACGGGGAAAGCUCAGGUUUGUUCAAGGUUUAGUGAAAGACACAAGGCUGAGGAAGGAGGUAACCUUGGACAGCAAGGUGAUGUACCAAGUGUUCUAGCCGAUGAUUCACAGCACCUAAAGCAACUGGAGUCCUGCCUCUUCAGUUUAAAAGAAGUUAUAUCUGAUCUAGGGUCCUCUAUCCUGGACAUUGAGGGAAAAUGGGAGGAUAGGUCAGAUGUCCAGGGGCACCAGUGUGUUUCACGGAGACAGUUCCUUGACUCUUGCAGGAACGUGCUGGAAAAGUCAGACGAGCAAAAGAACAGCAAUGUAGACAACGUUUCUUCAGUCCCGCAGGCAGAAGGAAAAGAAGAAGUUCAGUUAUCCAAGCUCAGUCUGGUCAACACUUUUACCACAGAGGGUGCAAACAAUGAAAAAGGAUUCCACAAGAGUUCUGGACAGCCGCCAUUAGCCAAAUGCAGUCACCCUGUAGCCCAGGGGAUGCAAAUUCCUGAUGUUUUCACAAGUGCACUAUCAGACCCCACGCUCUGGCAGAAUGUUUCAGUGCUUUCCCACCAUACAGAAAGAAAGAGUGAUGUGACCGAAGACUGUGACAGCUCCACUCACCUUCUCUCUCUCAACCAAUCAUAUGAUGUGGAUACACCGUCGGGGAUGUGGGACCUCGAGGGUUCAGGAUCGGACCAGGGCUCAAGCGACGACUUGACUCAAGGGGAGCAACUAAACACAGAAGGGGUGGUUGGGACAGAGGGUACGUCAUCCAAACAGGUGCUCAUGCACGAGAGCCUGGACAGAAGUGCUGCGCUCACUAGCGGCGAAGACAUGUCAGAGGGUAAACCUCGCUGCAGUACUCCCACAGCCACUUCGCCAUGGAGAGACAGUCGUGAGGAAGAACUGAGACAGGUCCAUGCUGCUCAGGUCAGCGCCCUGCAAGAAGAGCACAGGAGACAACAGGAAGAGCUGCUCCAGGCAUUGGCAGCGCGUUACCAACUCGUCCAGAGUUCGUCCUUGCUGUGCUCUCGUCUCGGGGACACGAUGACAUUCUCCAAGCUGUGUCAGCCUCCCAACGAACACCUAGAGCACUGUCGCCCCCUGCUGUUAGCUGCAGUCAAAGGCUAUCUGACGCGCAGGCUGCUCAGGACGGAGCGAGUGGCGCAGCUGGUGCGCACCAUCGGGGACACGCAGCAAUUUCUGCAGGCUUUCCAGCAGCAGAGUCCCAAAGGUGAAGUUUGUAGCAAAGAGGACCGUCUACUGCAGCAGAGAGUCACUCUGCAGCUGCGAGUGGCACGUUACGAGGUGUACAGCAUUUUCUUCUGCCUGUCAGUGACUGAAAGGAUGCAGCUGAUCAGUCUGGACAGAGAGCUGGCAAGGGAGCGAGUGCUCCGACGACAGAUGGGACAUACACACUGCCCCAAAGGAAGGAGUUCUCUCUCUGCCGCAACACAAAAGUCUCUCCAGAGGAAACGAGGCAUGCUCAUCCAGAGGAAGGUGUCAGAGCGACACAAGACAGGGUUCACUGGUGUGCAGCUGCUAGAAACCAAGCCAGGACCGCUGAGAACAAAGCUUCUGAGGAUCUCCAUGAGCUCCAACUCCUGCAGACCCCGAUGACUGACAGCGUUCAAGUUUAAAUGCUUCAAAAACCAAGUUGGACACAAGUCAUUUUGCGGAUUUUUGUUUUUGAUCUGCUUUGAAUUCCUUCAUAUUCUCCCACCAACCUCCAUAAGAUAGUGAGUCAGGUUAACACCAAGCAGCAUGAAACCACAACUACUGUCAAGUUACCCAGCAUUAAAACACACAGUGACUUCCUGUUCAAAAUAAGCUUCACAGUAGCUAGUCGGCCAAUCUGAGGGGCUCCUAUGAAAGAUGCAUGAGCACUACAGAACUACUGUGUACUUAAAGAAUGUUAGAGUAUUCUGAUGACCUUUCUUUACUCUUGUUCUUGAAUACUGUGAGUUUCCCAAGUGUUGCCUUAUCUUAGUCUUUAGAUAUUUUGCAUAGAGUUUUAUCCAUAGUGAAGUGUGUUAUUUAUAUUUGUAAGUAUAUUAUUUGUGUGAAAAUAAAACUUUACAAC